AUGAUUGUGCACCAGAUCGAGGCUCUCGUUGCCGCCGGUGUUACUGAUAUUGUCCUCGCCGUCAACUACCGUCCUGAGAUUAUGGAGAAGUUCCUGGCAGAGUACGAGGCAAAAUACAACAUCAACAUCGAGUUUUCUGUCGAAUCAGAGCCCCUCGACACUGGCGGCCCUCUCAAGCUUGCUGAGAGCAUCCUGGCAAAGGACGACUCCCCCUUCUUCGUUCUCAACUCUGACGUCAUCUGCGACUAUCCUUUCAAGGAGCUGCUGGAUUUCCACAAGAGCCACGGUGAUGAGGGUACCAUUGUGGUUACCAAGGUCGAGGAGCCCUCCAAGUAUGGUGUCGUUGUCCACAAGCCCAACCACCCUUCUCGCAUCGACCGCUUCGUCGAGAAGCCCGUCGAGUUCGUCGGCAACCGUAUCAAUGCUGGCAUGUACAUCUUCAAUACCUCCGUCUUGAACCGCAUUGAGCUUCGCCCUACUUCGAUCGAGAAGGAGACCUUCCCUGCUAUGGUUGCUGACAACCAGCUGCACUCCUUCGACCUCGAGGGUUUCUGGAUGGAUGUUGGACAGCCCAAGGAUUUCCUUAGCGGAACUUGCCUGUACCUGUCCUCUCUCACCAAGAAGGGAAGCAAGGAGCUCACUCCCCCCACCGAAUCCUACGUUCACGGAGGCAACGUCCUGAUUCACCCCACCGCCAAGAUCGGAAAGAACUGCAGAAUAGGUCCCAAUGUCACCAUUGGCCCCGACGUCGUCGUCGGUGACGGUGUUCGUCUGCAGCGAUGCGUCCUUUUGGCCUCUUCGAAGGUCAAGGACCACGCAUGGGUCAAGUCGACGAUUGUUGGCUGGAACAGCACCGUCGGCCGCUGGGCCCGUCUCGAGAACGUGACUGUUCUCGGUGACGAUGUUACCAUUGGCGACGAAAUCUAUGUUAAUGGAGGCAGCGUCCUGCCUCACAAGUCUAUCAAGGCCAACGUUGACAUUCCCGCCAUCAUUAUGUGA